AUGGGUCUUCAAUACUCCCAAAAGAACUUGCCUAAGCAGCUCUUUAUCAACAACGAAUACGUUGACUCCAAGAAUUCCAAGAAGCUUACUCUGUACAAUCCAAAGGACGGGUCGCUGGUUUCUAAUGACGUUCCUCUAGCUGGUGAGCAGGAUGUAGAUGCCGCUGUCGAAGCAGCCGAGAAAGCAUUCCCAGCAUGGAAGAAGAUGGGUGCUACACAACGCCGCAACAUCCUACUAAAAUUUGCCGAUCUGAUUGAGAAGCAUGCAAACGAGAUUGCACAACUGUCUAGAAUCUCAUUGGGUGCACCGGCUUCCUUCGGAGCCUUCGAGGGCGGGCUCUGCGCAGAAACCUUCAGGUACAAUGCCGGUUUCAUCGACAAGUUUGGCGGCGAGUCGUGGCCACAGGAAGACGGUUUCCUCAAAAUUGUACGCAACGAACCCCUCGGUGUCACCGCUGGUAUCGUACCGUGGAAUGGGCCCAUUGGCACCAUUGGUCUUAAAGCAGGGCCUGCUCUUGCGACUGGUAACUGCUUCAUCCUCAAGCCCUCAGAGAAGACGCCUUUCUCGUCGCUGGCACUCGGCACUCUUAUCAAGGAAGCUGGCUUCCCACCUGGUGUAUUCCAAGUCUUGUCCGGAGAUGGUAGCACGGGAGCUCUGCUUGCAAGUCACAUGCGAAUUCGCAAAAAGAUCCAAGAAAUGGCAGCAAAGUCGAACCUCAAACGCGUCACACUCGAACUUGGCGGCAAGUCGCCUGCUGUUGUUUUCGAUGACUGCAACCUCGAGAACGCAGUGACUUGGACCGCGAACGCCAUCACCGCCAACACCGGCCAGGUCUGCUUCGCCGCAUCGCGCGUCUACGUACAAGAAGGCAUCUACGAAAAGUUCAUCGAGAGGUACAAGGAGGCCAUGAAGAACAAAGCAAAGGAGAUCGGUGAUCCAGAAGCCGAAGGCACAAACAUGGGACCUCUCGUGGACGAGGCGCAAUUCAAGCGUGUCCAAGGCUUUAUCGAGCGCGGCCAACAAGGACAAGGCACUCUCGCCGUCGGUGGCAAGCGCGUCGGGGACAAAGGCUUCUACAUCGAACCCACAGUCUUCACAGACGUUGACCCUAAAUCUGAGAUCCAUUGCGAGGAGAUCUUUGGCCCUGUAUCGGUCGUCAAGUCGUUCAAGACAGAAGAGGAGAUCAUCGAGCUAUCGAACAACACCAACUUUGGUCUCAUGGCUGGCGUCUUCACACAGGACAUCAACAAGGCGUUGCGAGUGGCGAGUGACUUUGAUUCUGGAAUGGUUGGUAUUAAUUGCGUCAGUUUGAUGUUCACUGUCACGCCGUUUGGUGGAAGCAAAGAGAGUGGUUUGGGCAGGGAGUGCGGUAUUCAUGCGUUGAGGGCAUUCACUGAACCUAAGACUAUCAUGAUCAACAUGACUUACUAGUCUUAAAUAGUGCUAGUAAUUCACUUUACCUUU